AUGUCAACAGCUUCACCUUACUGCCUGCCGAGUCCGGACGGGAGGCUCGUGGCGACGCUUCUCGCCUCGACUAUCAAUAUACGUGAGAUACAGACUUUGCACACGGUCAAGGAUGUCAGCCUGCCUCGGGACUUCUCUGGUACCGUAACGUCCUUUCAGUGGUCGCCCUCGUCGAGACUGGUCCUCGUCGCCGCGGCCAACGAGAUACACGUAUUCUCUGCUUGCGAUGGAGACGACGAGUUCAGUGCAGCAAUCAAGAAUCCGGCCCCGCCUGCAGCCAGCCUAGUCUGUGUAACCUUUGGCGCUCUAGACACUGACGUCUGCGUAUGUGCUUCUUUGGGUCUCAUGUUUGCCAUUUACAACCUCGCAUCGUCCAGUGUGGUGGAGGUGGCCAAUCCCAAAUUCCACACCGCGGCCUCUGUCCGAAAAGGGUUCUGCUUCCGACCGAGAACCCGACACCUGGCUGUCCUCACACGUACGUCUGGCAAGGACGUCAUCAGUUUUCACCACCCAGAGACCAAAGAGCUUCAGAGGUCUUGGUGUCCUGAUACACUUGAUGCCCAGGGCGUCGUCUGGAGUCCAGACGGGAAGUGGCUCGUGGCCUGGGAGUCGGCAGCUCAUGGCCACAAGGUGCUGUUCUAUACGCCUGACGGGAAUCUAUUCAAGGCGUGGUCUGGCCCUCAGGUUCUGGAAUCAGCCGACGCCGACAUCAAGCUCGGUGCAGGCACCAAGCUGUUGGGCUUUUCGGCAGACGCCCGCAGUCUGGCCAUUGGUGACAGCAGUAGGCGCGUAUGCAUCCUGGACAUGACAGCUGUCACGGAACGCGCGCGGCUGCAGCAUCCGAAAACUAUAGUGCCUACAGGCACUCUUCAGCUCUGGCAGGAACACGUCGGCCCCGACAGCCAUCAGUUCAUCAGGGCUCUGCAGGCUGUCGACCCUCCAAUCCCACAGCACAAAACCUCGGGCCCGUCUCCGUCAGGCUGUGCUUUGUUGUCAUUCGAUGCAUCCUCAACACUCCUCGCCACCAGGCUGGAGGACUCGCCCAGUACGGUCUGGAUCUGGGAUGUCGCAGCAGCUGAGCUGCGGGCAGUCCUGCUUUUUCACAGAGCUGUGCUACGAGUCUUGUGGCAUCCCGUCAUUCGCGAGACCUUGCUUAUUGCAUGUGACGAUGAUGCAUGCAACUCGCCCGUCUUCCUUUGGGAUCCUCUGUCGGAGGGCCCAAAGCCUGUCGAUCUGUCCGGAAGGCUUUCCAACGGCAAGCUGUAUGCCACCUGGCUUGAUUUGAACCACAAUAAACCAGGAGCCCUGUUCAUCUCGGACAGCAAGGGGUACUUGCUCGCGUCUCUAGCCGACCAAGAGACCGAGUCUGUGCCGUGGUGUGCUGAAGGCGAGCUUAGUGACGAGCUGGACACUACUCAAGAUUUUGACGCACAUGACGAGGCUAGUCCGCUGGAUGACACUUUUUGUUUCAAAAAGAGGUGA